ACCAUUCAUUAAUAAUAGUCUAUCUCGGCAUGCAAGUUAUCCACCUCAUAUGUAUUUUCUUAUCAAAUUUUCCACAUCACUAAUUUCUAGCCAUCAAAUAUACAACAAUUUCAUUUUAAUUUAAUUUAGCCUCUAAUAUUUUAACAAACAGAAUCUUGCAUAUUCCCAUAAACAACUCAAUGUUUCAUGUAUUUAUACCUUUCGUUCGCAUUUGAUUAUUUUAAUUUAUACCAUGAUGAUUAUAGAAACACUUAUAUUAUUUUUUUCAUUUUUCUUGUAUGUAUUGCUGGACAGAUCGACAAGGGUAGUGAACUUGAUUUAAGCUUUCCGCCACGGACAUCAUACUUUGCUGCACCUGCAACCACGGGAGAGGUAUUGCAGAGCACAUAAAAAGAGAAGAUGGAGUUGGUGGUGGGUGCUUCCGAAGCCAGCAUGAAGUCCCUUCUAGGGAAGCUGGGCGGCAUCCUUGCCCAGGAAUACACUGUGAUUCGUGCCGUCCGCGGUGACAUCCAGUACAUCAACGACGAGCUCGCCACCAUUCAGGCUUUCCUUGGCGAUCUCUAUUCUUCCCCGGACGGCCACGACCUCCGGCUUAAGGACUGGAUGAAGCAGAUCCGUGACAUGGGAUACGACAUGGAAGACUGUAUCGAUGACUUUGCCCACCGCGUCCCUCUCGACUCCCUCGACGAUGCCAAAUGCUCCUUCAUAGUGUCUAGAAUCCACGAGUUGUGGACGUUCUGGCCUCGUCGUGAAAUUGCAUUCCAGAUUUCUGAGCUCAAGGUACGGGCGCAACAUAUUGCUGAGCGGCGCACCAGGUAUGGCAUCAACAACCCAAACCCAACCAAAGGCAAGAGCAACAGCAGCAGCUCCGGAGCCGGCCGCAUCGCUGAGCAUAUCAUGUCCAGCCGUCAGCUCAUCCAUACAAGUAAGCCCAUGGGAGAAGUGAAGGACAUGGAGAAGCUUAGGGGCUGGCUAAAACAUAAUGUCUCGAAAAAACAUCAUUCCGUUUUGUCUUUAGUCGGAUUCGGUGGCAUGGGGAAGACCACCAUCGCGACCGCACUGUACCGGGAUUUCAGGAAUGAAUUCGACUGCCAGGCAUCAGUCACUGUCUCUCAGAACUAUGACGAAGAACAAUUCCUCAGAGAAAUUCUUGGUCAAAUCGAGCCAAAAGGUAGGGAGCAGCAGCAAGGCAUCAACACACUGGAUAAGAAGAGCCUGGUGGCAGACAUUACAAGCCCAGUCAAGCGAUUUUUGCCACUGAGAUGGAAGCAAGGCAGUGAGGACAACUCAACUUGCAAGAUAGAACCAAUGAACAGGGACCAACAUGUUGACCAAGCGAACAUGCCCCUGGAAGAAAAGAGGGAUAUUCCCGCUGGUAACAUCAAGCCACCGGAUCAUAGCGAACACAAGAAUCACAAACUUGAGAAGGAUGUGCAAAAUUACCUGGCUAAAAAAAGGUAUCUUCUUUUGAUUGAUGACAUAUGGUCUGCAGACACAUGGAGAAAAAUCAGAAGGUUGUUGCCACAUGACAAUACAAGAGAUAGCAGAGUAAUAGUGACUACAAGAUUUAAAUCUGUUGGUGCGGCAUGCUCUGCAAGUGACGAAACUGAUCUUAUGCAUACAGUUGAGGUUCUUAGUUCUGCCGUCUCAGAAAGUUUGUUCAAUCACAGUGUUUCUAGACAACUUGAACCUCUUGGUGUGGCAUGCUCCAAAGGAGAUGGAACCGAUCAUCUGCCUGAAAUUGAUGAACAUACUGAUGACUCUGGAAUUGCAGUUAAUUAUAGUGGCUCUGAAUCUAGAAAUAGCAACAGCACCAGCACCGAGAACAAAGAGGGCCCUGAGGAGAUAUGGAAAUAUGGCGGGGGGCUCCCUUUGGCCAUAGUCAUCAUGGCUGGUCUCGUCGCCUGCAACCCAAAACAAAAGAAUGGCUAUUGGAGUAAGGUUUUCAAGUCAUUAUUUCCAGACCAGGUUGCUCCACUCACCCUGGAUGGUGUCACAAAGAUACUCGAUUAUUGUUACAAUGAUUUGCCUCCAGACCUCAAGGCAUGCUCCUUGUACUUGAGCAUAUUUCCCAAGGGCAUGACAGUUAGUAGGAAGCGCCUCAUUCGACGAUGGAUAGCUGAGUGUAUUGUGACUGAGAAGCAAGGGCUGACUGCAGAGGAAGUCGCAGAAACAUACUUUGAUCAGCUCAUCAGCAGGAAGAUAAUACGUCCUGUGGAGCAUAGCAGCAAUGGGAAGGUGAAGUACUUCAAAGUUCAUGAUAUGAUCCUUGAAUAUAUUGUAUCCAAGUCAAGUGAAGAGACCUUUAUUACCGUUGUUGGUGGCCACUGGCUGUUGCCAGCUCCUAGCAACAAAGUCCGUCGACUCUCCAUGCAAAGCAGUGGUUCCGGGAAUGUGAGUUCAACAAAAGGUAUGAACUUGUCUCAAGUGCGGUCACUGACUGUGUUUGGGAGCAAGAAACAGCGGCUGCCUUUUCAUUCAUUCAAUAAUGGAAUAAUACAAGUGCUGGAUCUUGAGGGUUGGAAGGGUUUGGAACAGAAGCAUCUGAAUGACAUAUGUAAAAUGGUUGUGUUGAGAUAUUUGAGCCUCCGCCGAACAGAUGUUAGAGUGAUUCCAUCCAAGAUUGAGAAGCUAGAGUAUUUGGAAACCCUUGACAUAAGGGAGACGCAUGUUGUGGAGCUACCCGAAUGCUUUGGGCAGCACAAACUGCUCCGUAGCAUACUUGGAGGGAGUAAAAACCCACGGAAGGCACUGAAGCUGACUAAUAAAGAGCCGAUGAAAGCACUUCAUAUAUUGUCGGGGAUUGAGAUCACUGAGGAUUCUGUAGCUGCAGCAAGCCUUCAUCACUUGACUGGGCUAAUGAAGCUUGCCAUUUACAAGCUCGAUAUAAAGGUGGCCAGUGAAACUUUCAGUGAACUGCUCUCCUCCAUUGAGUACCUCUGCAGCUGUGGUCUGCAGACACUCGCAAUCAAUGAUGAGGGCUCUGACUUUAUCAACUCAUUAGACUCCAUGUCAGCUCCUCCAAGAUACCUCAUUUCCCUGGAGCUGUCCGGCAAGAUGGAAAGGCCCCCAAAGUGGAUACAAAAUCUCAAUAAUCUCUACAAGCUGACCCUUUCUGUGACAGUUCUACAGACUGAUACAUUCAAGCUCGUCCAGGACCUACCCAAAUUGUUUUCUCUAACAUUUACACACAAUGCAGAGAAUAAGAAUAAUAAUAAUAAAGACAUCCUAGACAUCCUUGAAGAAAAUAAACAGCUUACUGGUGGGGAGAUCAUUGUUCCACCCGGAGGAUUCAAGAGUCUAAAGCUGCUUCGUUUCUUUGCGACUAUCGUGCCAAAGCUGAGCUUUGCAGUUAAAACUAAACAAGUAAUGCCAGCACUAGAGAGGAUCGAUAUGCAGUUUCAAGCCUUCGAAGGGGUUUUUGGUAUUGAGGCUCUGCAGUCUCUCCAAGAGGUGCAUGUCAGUGUCAGUAAUCAAGCUGAUGAGAUAACCAGGUUCUUGGUAGGAGAUUUGAAGGACACGGCCAAGUUUUCGGGCGAAGAGGACACCACCAAGUGGCCAAAAAUAAUCUGUGACUGAAGAGAUCGGAAGAUGCCAAAUUGUCUUGUACUGUUAACCGGAGACUAAUCCGCACAUUGCCUUGUUGCGGGCUCAAUAAGCAGGCUAUAUCCAUUAUUGAUUCUUGUAGUUCUUUUUUUGUUUGACAUGGGAUUCUUGUAAUUUCUUUCUUGUCCCGCGGUACAAUACUGUUACUUCCUUUAUUCAUCUUUUUGAACUUACUUCGUGUUUGGUUGUGAUAUCUAUAUCUCACAGUACUUAUUUGAUGGUGAUGUGUUUAUUCCGUCAUUCUAUCCUGCUUCCUGCACCAGUCCGAAUGAAGGUUGAUAUGAUGCAACUUUGCAAUUAGAGCAUCUU